GCCGGCGUGGCAGUCGCACGCCAUGUCCACGUACGCGAACACCGACGCGGCCACCGCCGAUUUCAGUGCCGCCGAAGCCACCGGACUGUUUUGAGCGUCGCCGCCGACUCACGCGCACGCGUGGACCGCAACAAUAGCAUUAUUAUGAAAUGCUCUCGGCCAACGGCAUCACGUCAUUCGUCACCGUUCUGAUCUGCACGCUGUGCUGCAUAGCCGACGCCAAUGCCGGUAUCGAUUGCUUCAAGUGUGUUUCACUAGAAUGGCAGAACCGUGCAUGUGAUGACCCGUUCCACAAUAAUUUCAGCUCAGGACUUUUAGAGUCACCGUGCAUGGGUGGACGGAAAGGUCGCAAUGGUCUAUUUCCAGCUACCGCAUGCAUUAAGCUAACCGGUUACUACCAAUCUACUGGACAACACGUUACGGUCAGAGGAUGUGCUUUGGAUAGCGGUACUUUGACCACAGAUACCGAAAUCAUUCGGAUGUCCCACUGCGGAGGAUUCUAUUUCGAUGAUAAAUACGUGGAAGGCUGCCUGCAAAGCUGUGACGAUGCCGACGGGUGCAAUCCGGGAUCGCCAACCACGUCUCUGAACUUUACGCUGCUGAUGGUGUUAGUCGCGAUACCGCUUGUCGUCGGGUUAUUGUCACAAGAAUUACUCAACGUAUGACGUGAUCUAUUGUUGUUAUAAUUAUUAAUCAUUAUAACUAUUACCACUGUUA